AUGACCAACUCUUUCAAAGAAAAGUUAGGCCAGGGAGGCUAUGGUUGUGUGUACAAAGGCAAGCUUCAGGAUGGCCAACUUGUGGCAGUGAAGCUUCUAAAGAAGUUGAAAGGCGAUGCCAAAGAAUUUUUCAAUGAAGUUGCGAAAAUAAGUAGGACUUCUCAUGUCAAUGUUGGCAACCUCUUGGGAUUUUGUUUCGAAGGAAGCAAAAGAGCUUUGGUUUAUGAGUUCAUGCCUAAUGGAUCCCUUGAAAAGUUCAUAUUUAAUAGGAGUAACACGUUGGAGUUAGAUCAACUAUUGACUCGAGACACAUUGUACCAGAUUUCCCUUGGCAUAGCUCAUGGGCUAGAGUACUUGCAAAUAGGAUGCAACAUGAGGAUCUUGCACAAUGCAUCACUUAUAAAGCACCUCAUAAUAUAG